AUGUGUGUAUCUGAUAAAUUAGGAAUACCAACUGAAUUGAUAAAUAUAUCAAGUGCUAAUUCUAAUAUUAUACCUAAUCCUAUUUCUACAUGUGGUAGUAUGGGUACUGAUUUAUUUGCAGGUGCUGCUUUAGUUGCAUGUGAUAUUUUAAAUCAAAGAUUAUUACCUUUAAAAAAUAAAUUAUUUAAUGAAAAUAAUAAUAAUUUAAAUGAAAAUAAUUUAAAUGAAAAUAAUAAAUUAAGUAAAAAAGAAUGGAGUGAAUUAAUUAAUUAUGCCUAUUUUAAUAGAAUAUGUUUAAGUGCUAUUGGAUAUUAUAAACCUAAACGUACUACAAGUUCUAAUAAUAAUAAUGAUAAUUCUAAUAAUAGUAAUAAUUCUAAUAAUACUUCAAAUAAUGAUAAUGGAGAACAAACAUUUAAUGAAGAAACAUUAAAAGGUAAUCCACAAUUAUAUUAUUGGAAUGUUAUUUUCAAUAGGACCAUCAAAUUAUAA